CCUAUUAAUUGAUUAAUUUCUUUUUUUUUUUUUUAUUUGUAUUUUUAAUUUUUAAUAUUAUAAAUUAUUAUAUUUUUAAUAAAAAAAGAUUAAAAUCAAAUAAAAAUAUAAAUUUAAAAUUAAAAAAUUUUAAUUGAAAAUGAUAAGUAAUUUAUUUUCAAUUUUUGAUCCAUCAACAAAUUUAUUUAAUAUUUCAUUUAAUUGAAUUAGAACUAUUUUAGGAAUUAUAUUUAUUCCUUAUUCAUUUUGAUUAAUUCCUAAUCGUCAUUUCUUACUUUGAAAUUUUAUUUUAUUAAAACUUCAUAAUGAAUUUAAAACUUUAUUAAAAAAUAAUUAUUUUCAAGGAUCAACUUUUAUUUUUAUUUCAAUAUUCUCAUUUAUUUUAUUUAAUAAUUUUUUAGGUUUAUUUCCUUAUAUUUUUACUAGAACAAGACAUUUAACAUUAUCAUUAUCAAUUUCAUUACCUUUAUGAUUAAGAUUUAUAAUUUAUGGUUGAUUAAAUAAUUCUCAACAUAUAUUUAUUCAUAUAAUUCCUCAAGGAACACCAACUAUUUUAAUACCUUUUAUAGUAUUAAUUGAAACAAUUAGAAAUAUUAUUCGACCUGGAACUUUAGCAGUACGAUUAACAGCUAAUAUAAUUGCAGGACAUUUACUAAUAACUUUAUUAAGAGGAACUGGACCUUCAAUACCAAGAUAUUUUAUUAUAAUUUUAGUUAUAAUUCAAAUUUUAUUAUUAAUCUUAGAAUCAGCAGUCGCUGUAAUUCAAUCUUAUGUAAUUGCUAUUUUAAGUACUUUAUAUUCUAGAGAAGUAAAUUAAUGAAAAUAAAUUUUAAUCACCCAUUUCAUUUAGUAGAUUAUAGACCAUGACCUUUAACAGGAGCUAUUGGAGUAAUAGUUUUAGUUAGAGGAAUAGUAAAAUGAUUUCAUAAUUUUAAUAUAAAUUUAUUAAUUUUAGGAUAUUUUAUUGUAAUUUUAACCAUAUAUCAAUGAUGACGAGAUAUUUGUCGUGAAGGAACAUACCAAGGUAAACAUACAAUUUUAGUAACCAAAGGACUUCGCUGAGGAAUAAUUUUAUUUAUUGUAUCAGAAAUUUUUUUUUUAUUUCUUUUUUUUGAGCCUUUUUUCAUAGAAGAUUAGCCCCUAAUAUUGAAAUUGGAGCUAUAUGACCUCCUACUAGUAUUACACCUUUUAACCCAUUUCAAAUUCCUUUAUUAAAUACUAUUAUUUUAAUUAGAUCAGGAGUAUCAGUUACUUGAGCUCAUCAUGCAAUUAUAGAAAAUAAUAAUUCUCAAAUAACUCAAGGUUUAUUUAUUACAAUUAUUUUAGGAAUUUAUUUUACAAUUCUUCAAGCAUAUGAAUAUUUUGAAGCUCCUUUUACUAUUGCAGAUAGAGUUUAUGGCUCAACAUUUUUUAUAGCAACAGGAUUCCAUGGAUUACAUGUUAUUAUUGGUACAUUAUUUCUUUUAAUUUGCCUAAUUCGUCAUUUAAAUAAUCAUUUUUCAAGUAAUCAUCAUUUCGGAUUUGAAGCAGCAGCUUGAUAUUGACAUUUUGUAGAUGUAGUAUGAUUAUUCCUUUAUAUUUCUAUUUAUUGAUGAGGAAAUUAAUUA